AACAUGUCCGAGUUCCGGAAUGUGUUUUUAGGUACACCAUUCUUGUCUCCUCCCAAAGCUUCAUCUCUCCCAACCAAUUAUCUUUUAGUUUUCUUUUUUUUUUUCCAUUAAAAAAAUAAUAAUAUAUCUUUCACAUAAAGAUCUCAAAGCUCAAAAGUUUACACUUCCUCCUCGUUCUUCUCCCUGUCACUCAUCUCUAAGCUCAAGCUGUCUUCCUCCCAUGGCUACUCUCUCUCAAGUCAUUAUCUAGCUUAUCUUUAAUUUUUUUAUUACUUCUCUUACACUUUUUUUUUCUUAUGGAUAUUGGGACGCACAUUCUUGGGACGGUUACUGGUAACAAUGUUAACGGGUCACCGGGUCUUAAAGAGCUUGUAGGAUCUAAACGAGACAGAUCCGGAUUCGACGGUGAAGAUUGCUUGCAGCAAAGCUCGAAGCUAGCUAAAACAACACAAGACAGACACUUACCUUCCUCUUACGCAACUGCUUAUAGCAGACCAAUGUCGUUGCAUCAAGGCAUUCCUCUUACGAGAUCUGCUUCUCUUCUCUCCUCGCAAGAACACAUGCUUAGUUUCUCAGAUAAACCAGAAGCUUUUGAUUUCAGUAAAUAUGUCGGUUUGGAUAAUAACAAGAACUCUCUCUCGCCGUUUCUUCACCAGCUUCCACCUCCUUAUUGUAGAAGCUCAGGAGGAGGAUAUGGUUUUGGUGGAAUGAUGAGCAUGCAAGGGAAAGGACCUUUUACAUUGACACAAUGGGCUGAGCUAGAGCAACAGGCUUUAAUCUAUAAGUACAUCACAGCCAAUGUCCCUGUUCCUUCUAGUUUGCUUAUCUCUAUCCAGAGGUCCUUUUACCCUUAUCGAUCUUUGCCUCCUAGUUCUUUUGGAUGGGGAGCUUACCAUCUAGGUUUCGCAGGGGGUAACAUGGAUCCUGAGCCAGGGAGAUGCCGUAGAACAGAUGGAAAGAAAUGGCGGUGCUCGAAAGACGCUGUUCCUGAUCAGAAAUACUGUGAUAGACACAUCAACAGAGGCCGUCACCGUUCAAGAAAGCCUGUGGAAGUCCAACCUGGCCAUACCCCUGCCGCACCUGCUCCCUCCAAAGCGGUUGCAUCACGUAACCAAAUCCUCCCCAUUGCAUCUCACAUACCUAACAACAGAGUCCAGAACGUGAUAUAUCCAUCCACCGUUAACUUACAACCCAAGGAACCUCUCGUUGCUCAUGAGAAACAUAGAAACAACAACAACAGUCCUUUUGAGUUUGGACACGUAUCCUCUCACUCAUUGCUCACAUCGCCAUACCUAGAUUUUAGCAGCAACCAAGACAAGCCUUUGGGGAAUCACAACCACAACUCUUGGCCUGAAGAGCUGAAAUCAGAUUGGACGCAGCUUUCAAUGUCAAUUCCAGUAGCAUCAUCAUCCUCAUCUCCUUCCUCCACCGCUCAAGACAAAAUCGCCCUCUCGCCACUCAGGCUAUCGUGUGAGCUUGACCUUCCUAUCCAAAGCCAGCUGGAGACGCUGGAGUCUGUGAGAAAGGUGAAUAGUUGGAUACCAAUCUCGUGGGGAAACUCUUUGGGAGGUCCUUUAGGAGAAGUACUUAACAGCACAACGAGUAGUCCAACGUUGGGAUCUUCUCCUACGGGGGUUUUGCAAAAGUCAACGUUUUGCUCACUCUCUAACAGCAGCUCUGUAAGCAGCCCCAUUGCAGACAACAACAGAAAGAACAACGUUGACUACUUCCAUUACACAACCUGAAGCUAGUCAUAAGCAAUCUUUGUCUUUUUUUUUUUUUUUCGUUUGUUUCUUGGUUCUUUGCUCUUGUUGUUGUUGUUCUUCCGAAAACUCUAUUUUUUUUUUCUUUGUUUUCGUUUUCUUAAUCUUGAUUAGUUUCA